AUGGCAGAAUGUCUGAAUGUUCUCCGAUUUCAUAACACACGCUAUCAGAAGAUCGUUAGAGAGCAUCAAGGGUCCUUGGAAUGGCUCUGGAGCCAUGAGAAGUACCAGAACUGGUCGUUUUCCGAUAAUUCCAGCAUUCUAUAUAUUAUGGGAAAGCCCGGCAGCGGAAAAAGCACUCUCGUCAAGUAUUUCAGGGAAAACCUCCGAGACCGCGAGCCACUGACGCAGUCGGCAUGUUUCGCCUCCUUCUUUUACAGUUUCAGGGACGGGGAAUACCAAACGAGUCACUACAGCAUGCUUCGAUCUAUCCUUUACGAUGUCCUAAAUCAAAAUGAGUCUUUUUUUUACCAUUUCCAGCGAGAGUUCCAUAUGUACCAGGACAUGAAGGAUGGUCGGAGCGAAGAACACCGCACGGGAUGGCCUUAUGAGUCUUUGAAGCAGAUAACUCUUUCUUUGGGUGAUCAUCCGAGGACGGCGGAACGAAGUUACUUUAUCAUCGAUGCGAUUGAUCAGUCUGAUGAGGAUGAUAGACGCAGGAUCAUUGAGUUAUUCGGCGAACUCUGUUCCAAGAAAGCUUGCAUCGUGAAGGUCUUUUUCGGAAGCCGCCCAAUUGCAACGCUCGACCGAUAUAUCAACUCACCCGAAGUCAUAUGGAUGCAAGUCAUGAAUAAAGAGGACAUCCGCGCUUUCGUGGAUUCUUUCCUGGGCCCAAAUCUGGGGUUCUCCGAUGAUAUUCUUUCCAGGGCCACCGAGUAUAUCAUCGAAAACGCGCAUGGAGUAUUCCUGUGGAUCCGCUUGAUUAAAGAAGAACUUCUCGGAUACUCAACUACAGGUUGCUCCAAAGGGUCUAUCUUCCGCUUCUUGAAGAGGCUUCUAACAGAACUGGAAGGGCUUUAUGAAAGAAUGCUCGGUGAAUUAGAAGGAGGUUCGUGUCAGGACAUUACAGAUGGAAUAAAGAUGUUCCGAUUUGUCCUAUUCGGCCGUCAGCCGCCUACUAUUCUAGAACUACAGCAUGUACUUGCUAUUCCAGACGGUCCGAAUGAUGGUGUCACUGAAGAAUCCUUCCAAGAUGAUCUGGUUAUUUGUAUGGACAAGAGAAUAUUUCACUGCGGACGUAACUUUUUGGAAAUCAAGGGUCGCGGCGAUGAAGCCAGUGUCCAAGUCAUGCACCAAACCGUCCGUGAUUUUCUCCUUCGGCCGGACGGGUCCGCAGCAGCAUCAAGAUUCAAGAUCCAAGUAAACGGCAAUCAUACCUGGAUAUGCACUAUCUGUAUUCGAUACCUCAUUCCCUUUGCCGCAUAUACGACGCCGAAGGCCAACUCAACGGACAUAGGACCUGGGUUUUGGGAGCUAGAGCACUUCGAGAAGUAUGUUCAAUAUCUAGAAGGGCGGCCACUCAUCAAUUACAGACUGAGCUUUCUGCCGAUCCACAUGCAAAAGACAAAUGGCUAUUGUGCCUCAGAAGAAUGCUCGCGGCUGGUUUCCAUGCUUGUUGGUUACAUGGCUCCCGAGAACCCCGCAACCUACCUCAUAGGCGACUGGAUUUGCACCGUCUUUGCUAGAGCCAAACUACAUGAGGCCAAUGAAGAUCAUUUCCGGGACCAACUGCUAUAG